GCACUCACCUCAAUCCUGUCCAUUUUCCUCCUCGUCUUUCCCAGGAAAAUUGCAACCCAUUUUUCUGUUGCCAUAAGAAUCAGAUCAAACAUUUUUACAUUCUUUUAAAGAGACUACACUUUUUCUGAUUUAGGGUUUCCCUUUGCUUUCCUUCCCAUUUUCUCUCCCAUCAUUAGCAAAGAAAACCCAUUGUUGGCGACAGUGGGUUUUCUCUCCUGCUGUGUGGGUGGUGAUGGAGAAGCUUCACUGUUUCUUUGAGUGGAUUAUUCUCUGCACUUUGCUGCUUGCAGCUUCUGUUUGUUCCAAGUACCAUGCAGGAAACCCUGCGAAUGAUCUAGUUGACAUGAUCAACAAGAACCGUACAGACCAAAAGUUCAAGCAACUGGACAACAGUCCUGGGCUUGGGUGCAUGGCCUUGCAGUAUGCAGAGGAAUGCAAGGGGAACUGCACAAGCAACAACACCAUAAGUUGUGAGCCACCUGAAGAUGACUUCACUGAGGUUUUUGCUCCCAACUGUGGUGUGGAGCUACCCACUUUUGGCACCAUAUCAGGCCACAUUGUGGGGUGCCAACAGAAGUAUCUUGAGCCAUCAGAAGCCUUCUCUCGUGUGCUUUUUCAAGACAAGAAAACUCUCUCCCUUCUAAAAAACAAAACACACACUGAAGUGGGAGUAGGCCUGAUUGGAACCCAUAAAGGGUUCUACUGGUGUGUUCUAUUUAGUAGUAAUCGAGCGAAUUCUUCAUUUGUGCUUGAAGACCUAGGUCAAGGGAUCAAGCAGAAGAAAGGGUGCUUCAGUGGGACUAGUACCCCUUGCAGCUGGGGACAUAGAAUAACCAGCACUCUUUUCACCAAUAUCUUGACAACAUGGUUUUCAUACAACUUAUUGAGAUAACAUGAAUAUUGUCAAUCACAUAUUCUAUGAGAUUUUGCUUCUUUUCAGCUGAAGGGGGGAACUGGAAAGAAACUCCAAGAUGCAGAUUUGGAGUCAGCAUUCUGAAUCUAUUAAAGGUUUGUGAGUUUGGAGGGCAAAAUCUUGAUAUCAGCGUGGUGCUGUUUCCAGGGGAUGCAACUGUCAAACUGACUGUUGUUUUGCUUAUAUUGAAGGUCGGAGUGUUGUUUAGUGCCAUAUUUAUAUGUUUGUAACUUGACUUUUCCUUUUCAGUUUCCUUGUUUUCCUUGUUUAUAU